UUGACAAGAAUACCUUUAAAACAACACUGUAUACAUGAAGUGAAGUGAUUUAAAUAAUUACUUACAAGUGCAGCUUUUUAACUUAUCGUUAAUUAGUCUUUUUUAAAGCAGAUUUUACAAUGAACGACGGACUUUGUAAAACUAUUGGCAUUUGGAUGUCGGAUAAAAAAAGUCAGAAACUUAAUUGGAAAGAAUUAAUUAACACAUGCGCUUCACAUGGAUACAAUCUUGUUAAGUUAGAUCUGGAAAGACCACUCGAGGAACAGGCCCGUAUCGAUGUGUUCCUUCACAAGUUGACCGAUAUCAUCGCGGCGGCUGACCAAGGCGACCCGAAGGCAUCAACCAUUAUCGGCCACGUGGAGCAGUACCUGUCGAAUCACCCAAACAUAGCUGUUAUCGAUCCCUUAGAUAAUGUCAGAAUGUUAUUGAAUAGAUACUGCUAUUACUCCAUACUGCAAAACGAGGCGACAUUCCAAAAUCAAGGCAUAUUCACACCAACAUUUGCGGAGUUUACAACGAACGAUGUAGAAGUAAAUAUUGAAAUCAUGAAGUCGAGGGGCGUGAAGUUCCCCGUUAUAUGUAAGCCGACGAUUGCACACGGCUCCAAGUCGGCCCACGAGAUGGUUGUCAUAUUUAACGAGAAAGGCCUGUCGGCGAGCAAGCCGCCGUGUGUUGUUCAGACCUUUGUCAACCACAAUGCAGUGUUGCAUAAAGUGUUCUUAAUAGGCAACAGAUACCACAUUUGCAAACGACCGAGUCUCAAGAACUUCUACGCCUCAGAGGAAUUGGAACCAAUAUUCUACAGUACUGGUGAAGUGUGCAAAGCCGAUAGUCAGUCCACACUCUCAAUAUUAGAUCCGCACGACAAAGCCGACGUCACAAUGUCCAUAAACGAAGAUGUCAUUAAAACCAUAAUCAGAGUUUUAAGAAAAGAGAUCGGUCUCCUAUUGGCCGGUUUCGAUGUGGUCAUAGACAAUCAAACUGGUCACCAUGCGGUCAUAGAUAUAAACGUGUUCCCCAGUUACGAUAGUUUCCCCAAUUUCUUCGAGCAUCUCUUGGAAUGUAUAGACGAGAUAGUGAGGAGGAGAAACAGCAAAGAUUGUGUAGCCACUUAUAGGAUUAACGGUGUUGUCAAUGUUGGCACGUGUACAAGUAAUUACUGUGUGACAGGCAUGAAUGUUAAUUAGUCAUAAGUUUUUUUAAUUAAUUGUUGAUUUGGUAACUUACUCUGUAAAGGUACAGUUGCUUCUGCAGUGAAAAAAAAAAUUAAAUUGUUCUUUAUUUGAAUUUUAAUAAUAUAUUUUAUGACAUUCUCAAUUUGAAUUUUAACAUCUGUAUUUUUUUCUUAUGUGUGUGUGUGUUUUUUUUUAAUUUCCAAUUUUGAAUUGAUUAUGAUGUUCUUUUUUUGUCACAAUGAUUUUCUUUCGUGACACCUAUUGCCUGUUAAAUAUUUGUUUCGUAUUUGUAUUAUGAAGCUAACUGUAGCUGACUGCAUACCGUCCGUUUAUUUAAGUUUCCAUUAACAUAACAGAAUUUAUCUAUGAACCUGUAAUUUGGCAGAUUUUUUUUAGGAUCUAGAGAUUUACUCAGGAUACACAAUAAUAAGUCUAAACACAUUCGUAUUCACAUUGGCUUACUAAAUUUCGUGUUAUAAGGAACAUUAUGUGUUAAUUUGAGUUAUAAUAUCUUUAUUUUUUUUUUAAAUAUAGGUUAGAAUCUUUACUAAUAUUAUAAAUGUAAAAGUGAGUUUGUUUGUCACCUGAUAUCGCCUUAACUACUUAAAAUCAUUGUAUUAAAUUUGGUACACACAUACUAUAUGGGAUGGAGCAGAACAUAGGCUACUUUUUAUCUCGGUCAAUAACGUAUCCCAGUCACACAGACGAAGUAGCAGGUAAAAGCUAGUGUUUUACAAAGUACUUAUUUUUUUAAUCUAAUUUUUGCUGAGGCGUCAGUAAACACAUCUGGGUGACUAUGCCAGCCUCAUAGGGAAUGUCUGUAUGUUAGAUUUGUCUUGUUAAUUCAUCGGGCUCAUCUUUACCCACUGAUAUAGGCGUUUGGCAUUGCGACAACCAGGUUGAUACCAUGUAUUCAUAUUU